UGUGUCAAAUCAAAGCAUUGGAAAACUUGACAGUCAGAUGUCUGGCAGUUUUGUGGUUUCGUGGGUCACUUGCCAGUCGGUAAACAAACUUUGCGGAAAUGUCGGAAAGAAAAGUCUUGAAUAAAUACUACCCCCCGGAUUUCGAUCCGUCGAAAAUUCCCCGCAUGAAACUGGCCAAAAAUCGUCAAUACACUGUACGUUUGAUGGCUCCGUUCAACAUGCGAUGUGUAACUUGCGGCGAAUAUAUCUACAAAGGGAAGAAAUUCAAUGCUCGAAAGGAGGAUGUGGAGAAUGAAACGUAUCUAGGGAUCCGUAUCUACCGAUUCUACAUCAAAUGCACUCGGUGCUUGCAGGAAAUUUCAUUCAAAACCGACCCGAAAAAUACAGAUUAUGAGAUCGAAGCGGGUGCUACGCGGAAUUUUAUGGCGUUGAAAUUGGCUGAGGAGCAGGCUCGCAAGGAAGAGGAAGAGUUGAGGGAGGAGGAAGCUAACAAUCCAAUGAAACUUUUGGAGAAUCGAACUCUGCAGUCUAGGAAUGAAAUAGAAUUGCUUGAAUCUUUGGAAGAGCUGAGGGAUCUUAAUAGAAGGCAUCAAAGCGUGGAUUAUGAGACUAUGUUGCAGCAAUUUGAUACAACAGAAACAGAGAGACAACGGGAGGAGCGAUUGGAGAAAAUGGAUGAGGAGUAUGUGAAGACAAUUGUGUUCAAAAAUCCCGGCAACAGAGCAGCAAAACGAAUUGUAGCCGAAGAAAUAAUAGAAGACGCUGAUAAUACCAAGGAAAAAGCAGAGCCCGAACCAAAAAAGCUCCUCCUCGGCCCGCCUCCUGCGCCAACGACAAAGAAUUCCCUGAGUGUUGGAAGUUUCACGAGCAGUAAAAAUUCGUUAAAAAACAUCGUCCGAAAAAAGCCCAGUCAAACGCAGUCAAUUCCAGCACAACAGAAUGCCCUGAAUGGGGCUUCAAGCAGCGGAGAAGUCCCAAACACGACUUCUGUCAGCCACGAAACAUCUGCUUCAUCCAGCUCGUGCUCAACCGAAAGUCAACAUAAAGGUGCCGAAGAACCUAAAAGCGCAUUGGUUACAUCAAAACCAGCAGUGAAUGGGGGCUUGCAACUCCUGGCUAAUUAUUCUGGUAGUUCAGAUGACUCGGAUUAGGUGAUAUUCGGGGUUUGUGUAUUCGUAGCUUAGGUGUAUGUAAAUAAAAUGCUUUCCAAUGUGAA